AUGUCCCACCAAUAUCCACGAGGUUCCAUAUUCGCCAAUGGCCGUACAUCCCAGGGAUCCAUUAGUGUACCCCCUGCCUUCUACGACUCUCGCCGUACCACAAUUUAUUCUCAGGGUAUUGUAAAGCCGCAUCGAGAUUCCACCCAAGAUGAUUAUCAUCCGGCAUUAGUGGUAAAGGUGUGCCAACAAACCAAUGAUCAGGGUUGGCAUUUCAGGGAAUUGGAACUGGAUCGUGACAAACUGCCCAAAUAUGAAUAUAAUAUCGAAAUGGCCCAGAGAUGGUUAACACUGGAGGGUAAAGAUGGUAGGCUGCAUAAAUUUCCACUAAGAACCAUAUUACCCAAGGUGCAAAUGACCCGGCGGGUACCGGCCAAACAAUUGCCACGGGAUGUGGAAGUGGAUCGUAGGCGGAGGCUGUUCAAUAAGGUUAAUUUACCGGAAGAAUUGGACAAGGCCGGCAUGGUGGCAGAGGAGUUGCUGCCCUCGGAGGAACAAUAUUAUCUGUUGUCCGAGAAGGCCUUUAAACAUUUUCUACCCUUGAGUUUUUUCGAUGAUCCCAAUAUGGAAAGUCAUGUACCGGAGGUGUGGCUGUCAUUGGGUGAUGUGGAGGGUGAUCGCAGAUAUCCGCUGCCGGCCAAGGCUUUUCUACCUUGGCAACAAAAUCUGAGAAACUAUGAAUGGCAAGAUGCGGCUGUGGAGGAUUAUGAUGCGGAGCGUGGUAAAUGGAAGGUUAUGGUCUUGGCGGAUGAGUGCUACUAUGAGGUUCCGGUUAUACAAAUCAUGUUCUUGGCGGAGAAUCCGUUUUUGUUCAUUGAGCGGUUACGUUUGGCUGUGGAGCAACGUAACCUAGCCGAGUCCCUGAUCACGAUGGAGACAAUUGCCGAUUGUGUCCUCCGGCAGGAUUUGAAUGAGAAUUUUGAAUAUGAAAAUAAAUUGCUGGAUCGACUUAUGGCCGAUGUCAAUACGGAUGUGGUGUUUUAUCAGCAAUUGCGACGGGAGGUAUAUUUACUUUUCGAACACUUAAUGGCCUGCUAUGAUUUGCACAGAUUUGUUAGAAUUGCACCCAAACAAUUUCCCCAACUAAAGGCGGAGGUUCUAGAAAAAUUCCUACCCAAGGCCUAUGUUUCGGAAAACAGCCUUAGGGAAUGUGAAAUUUUAAAGGGUUUUAAUUUGGAUAUUGGAAAAAGAAGUAACGAGGUGUUGAGAUCUUCGUUGUAUUAUACCGAGGGUGGUAUUCUGGCCAUGGCGAAUGUGACCUCAGAAUGUCUGUAUAUUGAGACUCUAAAUCUAUUCAUUUGCAAUUUUGUCAAGGCAAUGCCUUUGUCGGAAUUCCUCACCGUCCAACAACAACAAAGUACCCAAGUAUCGGGAUAUUUGAAGAACUCCUGGCCUUCCAAAUUGGCUAUGGGAAUUAUUAUGAUUCUCCGGCCCUUGGGUAAAGGUUGGUUGGAUAUAGGUCUGGAUAAAUGGAGAAUUUAUGAAAUGUGUAAAAUUUUCCGUUUUAUCCGGCAAACCAAAUUUCGUAUGCAGGAAUCAAUGCAGGUGCUAUUGGAAACUUCGAUUGGAAAUUUUACGAAAUUUCUUAGUGAGCCGUGUUUGGGAUUUCUAGAACUUCGGGAAGACUAUCAAUGGACUAAUGAUUUUAUUCACUCCGAAUUCCGCUACGAUAAUCCCAUUUUCUCCCUCGUCCUAGGUGUCAACGAAGACACCAAAGAGGUGGAGUAUUCUACAAGGCCCGAAGAAUUCCCUCCCGCCCUCAAGGAGGUAUUCAAGAAAAGCCUGGAAAAGACAAGUGGGGUUCGCUGCAUCGAUGCUGAGACCCUUACAAAUUUAAGAUUUGCUCCAAAUCUUUUUAUACUAACCGUGGAACUAAUCGAAGAUCUUUAUACCGAAUGCGAUGAUUUACUACAGAAUUGUUACCGAAAGGCCAUUGGACCUCUGUAUUCCUAUGCAAGAAAAUACGAGAGAUUUGUGGAAUUUUAUUUGUUACACGUACCCACCUAUAUGGCGGAAUAUCGAUCGGCCCAAAAGUCUUCGAUGCAAGUGAAAAUGGAUAUUUUGGAACAUAAACGCUGUAAAGAGGAAAUGCGUGAAAUUUUACCAGCUACAAUUAGCAUUGGACCCUUCCUGGUCAUUGUGGAUCCCAUGAAGCAGUAUAUGAUACGAAAACGUAUUGAAAUUGUAAAGAGGAUUUUUGAAUACUACAUCGAUCGAAUGUAUGAUACAAAUGAACGUUUGGUGGAGCGAUGUUUGGAAAUCUAUAAUCGUAUCAAUGAGAAGCCGCAAAGUAUUGAACAUCUAUUUGAUAUCAGGGCAUUUGCCCAGACUAUACCGGAAUUGGUGGAUCAGCUAAGGGCCGAUAUACAAGUAAUGUGGUUGGAAUAUGAUAUGUUAGAUAGUUUUUUCUAUAAUUUACCCGAUCAUCAAUUUGCCAUGAAAUGGGAGGCCUAUGCAUGGCCCAAGCAAAUUUUGGAUCGUUUGAGUACCCUAAAGGAGGAACAGAAGCUGGAUAUUGAAGAAUUUAAGCGAUUGCAUUUAAGUGAAUGUAUUGGAUUUGAGGAGCGAUUGGAAUCGCUCAACGAUGAGAUACAACAAUUUUCAUUGCAAUUUAAUCCGAAAAAGGUUAUGGAAACGGCCGUGGAGGUCAAGAAAACUUGGAAAAUAAUCCAAGAUCUACAAAAACUCGGUGAGACCUUACGCUAUCGCCAGGAACUCUUCGAAUUGGAAGAACUUUCAUUAGAGUUCCUGUCCAGUAUCAUCGAGGGAUUUUUACCCUAUAAAAAUCUAUGGUAUGCCUGUCAAGAUCUGGUGAAAUUGGAAGAAGCCACGGUGGGAAAUCCCAUUGUAAAUAUCGAUCUGAAUGAUGUCUGGGAAGCUAUGCAAGUGAUAAAAAAUUCCCUUCAGGAAUCUCUGGAGAUUUUCAAUGAAAAACCUGAAAUACAAAAUGUCGCACAUUAUUUUCUACAAAUCCUCGAAGAAUUUAUACCAAAAUAUAAUGCCAUAGGAGAUUUGAAAAAUGAAAAUUGGCUCUAUUUGCAUUGGCAAGAGUUGGCAUUACGUUCCGGUAUGGAUAUCAAAUAUUCGGCGGCUAUGAAUUUUCAAUACUGCAUACGUAAGGGUAUGAUGGAUCAUUUGGAAUUGGUACAUGAAAUAUCGCAGAAGGCAACAAACGAAGCGGAUGCCAUACGCCGAGCCUGGGAGGAAGAGGAACAACGUAAGGAGGAGGAAAGGCAAGCGAUACUAAUGCGCAAGGCAAUGAGGAAGUGUAGGAGAGAUAUUGUAUAG